GUGAAUGCCGCCAGCUUGGCUGAGACACAAACAGUUCGACGGCUGGAGCCCAGCACUUGGGACGGGCUGCUGGGGACACGUGCUGUCAGGGCCGCCCGCCCCUCCUCUUGCCAAUCUCUUCCUGCUCACAAUAGGGGCACCGGGGAAGGAGCGGAACGGUGAUGCGGGCACGCACCUCGCGCUCACACGGAAAGCACCGCGCCGUUGCCGAGACCCGCCAGCACCAAGUCGAGUGACCCCCCGAUGGGCAGGACCGGAGCCGGGAUGCAGGUCGUACCGUGGGCACAGUGCGGGGAGGUCAGCCUGAUGCUGCUGGUCAUCCUGACCCUCUCGCUCUGCCUGGGGAGUCUUACCACAAGUCGACAGGAACAGGGUGUGGCUUCCAACACUGUGGAGGAGGACUUUGAGGUGACGACACACUGGUGGGGGGAGUGGACCAAAUGGACAGCCUGCACUCGCACCUGCGGUGGGGGGGUCAUGUCCCAAGAGAGGCACUGUUUGAAACAGGGGAAAAAAGCAACAACUGCAAAAGGAAAUAUGACCUGUAUAGGAAACGCUAAGCAAUAUCGUCUCUGCAACCUGGAGGAGUGCCCCUCCCAUGGACGGAGCUUUAGAGAGGAGCAGUGCUGGUCCUUCAACUCCCAGGUCUACAAUGGCAGGAGCUACCGUUGGAAACCCCUUUAUCCUGAUGACUACACACAUAUUUCCAGCAAUCCGUGUGACCUGCACUGUACCACACUUGAUGGACAGAGGCAGAUCAUGGUGUCUGCUCGUGAUGGAACUUCGUGCAAGUACAACGACUACCGAGGUGUCUGUGUCAAUGGCAGGUGUGAGCCAGUCGGAUGUGAUGGGGUGCUCUUCUCGUCCCACACAUUGGAUAAAUGUGGUGUCUGCCAGGGAGAUGGAAGCAGCUGCAAAAAAAUCACCGGAAGCUUCCGCCACAGAGCCACCAGUCCUGGCUAUGCCUUCAUCACUCAGAUCCCAGAGGGCUCCUGGGAUAUCCAGGUCAUCGAGAGGAAGAAGUCGGCAAAUAUUUUGGCUGUUACUGACCGGGCUGGGAAUUUCUUCUUCAAUGGAGCCUACAAGAUAGACACCCCACAGAACUUCCGUGCUGCCGGUACAGUCUUCAAGUAUCGACGUCCCAUGGAUGUGCGCGAAACUGGGAUUGAGUACAUUGUGGCCAAAGGACCCAUUGACCAGCCCGUGAAUAUUCUGGUGUGGAACCAGAAUACUGGAAACCCUUACAUCACCUAUGAGUACACAAUGUUGCGACGCAGCCUCCCGCACGUCCCCCAGUCCUUCCCGUAUCCUGUGGUAGACGGUGGGGCUGGUCGUGUUUCUGAAGAGGGCCCACUGUCUCACGAUGGACAUGCAAGAGAAAAGAUUCCAAAGCAGACUGAGCAGAAUCAUGUCCUGGAGCAGGAACCUAGUGCAGAAGCAAUAGGGAAACUGAAGGGCCAGGUAACCAAUGAGGUGUAUGAAGAGAUGGUGGCAGUCCACUCCAAACAGAAGGCUAUGACUUCACCUUACAAUGCAGUGCAGGCAGGUCUUCUGGAGUCACGUGAGGUGGAUCCAGACCCUGGUGUCCCCUUCAGCCUUGUCAACAGCUCCCUGCCGGAAAGCAAUGGGACUCUCCACAGUAACGAGAGUAGAACCGAAACACCUCUCAACAUGAGCCUGGUUCCUGACUUUUGGAGCAGCAACCAAACCAACCAUACAAGCACAAAUCAUGACAAUUUCCUGCAGAAGAACUUCGGGCUGAGUGCAGCAGACAUGUACCGGUGGAAGCUGUCCUCUAAGGAACCAUGCAGCAUUUCCUGCUCCACAGGUGUGGCAAGAUCCUUUGUGAUAUGUGUGCGCUAUGAUGGAUCAGAGGUGGAUGACGGUUACUGUGAUGGCUUGGUCCGUCCAGAGCCCAUACAUGACUUCUGCAUUGGAAGAGAAUGUCAACCCAGAUGGGAGGCUAACAGCUGGAGUGAAUGCUCUCGCACCUGUGGAGAUGGUUUCCAGUUCCGCCAGGUGCGCUGUUGGAAAAUGCUGUCCCCAGGGCUGGAUAGCUCUGUCUACAGUGACCUCUGUGCCCUGGAGAAUUUGGAGCGUCCACUGGAGCAGCGUACCUGCAAGGGUCCUCCGUGUGGCCCCCAGUGGGAAGUGGCCCAGUGGUCUGAGUGUUCAGCAGAGUGUGGUCAAAGCAGUCAAGUUACAAGGGAUGUCAGGUGUUCAGAGGAAGAGGAAUCAUGUGAUCCAUCCACCCGCCCUCCAUCUACCAAGAACUGCACGGGCCCACCUUGUGAGAGGCAGUGGGCCAUGUCUGAGUGGGGGCCGUGCUCCGGAUCAUGUGGACAAGGCAUGAUGGUACGGCACGUGUACUGUAAGGCCCUGGAGGGUCACGUGGUGCCUGAGUCCCAGUGCCCAGCGGAGAGCAGGCCGCUUGCCAUCCAGUCCUGCGGUGCAAUGGAGUGCCUCCCACACUGGCUGGUGCAGGACUGGGACAGGUGCAACACUACAUGCGGGCGUGGUGUGAGGCACAGAGUCGUCUUGUGCGCUGGCAUCACUGGAGGGAAAUUUCGAACCCGCGAGGACAGCGACUGCAUCCCACAGGAGCGGCCGGCGGAUGAGAGCACCUGCUUCGAGAGGCCGUGCUUCAAAUGGUACACCACUCCUUGGUCUGAGUGCACCAAGACCUGUGGGGUAGGCACUCGCUCGAGAGAUGUGAAGUGUUACCAAGACAGGGAGAUAGUGAAGGGUUGCGAUCCCCUGACUAAGCCUGCUGCCAAACAGGCAUGUCCGCUGGAUCCCUGUCCAACGGAGCCUCCAGAUGAGAACUGCAAGGAUGAACCGAAUACCAACUGCUCCCUGGCCCUGAAGGUGAACCUGUGCAGCCAUUGGUACUACAGCAAGGCGUGCUGCCACUCCUGCAGGGCUUCGCACCCUCCCUGAUCUGAGACGCACACCGGUUCCUACUGUCUCCAGCAAUAAUGCAGCAGGUGCCAGGAGGGGACUGAAAUAACGUUCACGUCUCACAGGGGGUCUGCGGACCAGAUUCCCAGCUUCUCGGCGGGAUUCUCAGUCGGACCUUGUGUGUCGUCUGCGUUAUGUUUCCAGUCCAGCAGUGAAUAUCCACUUUAUUUGUCAUUUGAAGUUCAAAGAAAGGUUAGAUGAAUUACUGACUUUAAGUGCUUAUGCUAAUCAUAUAUCUUUGGAAAGCAUAACUGUUAUGGGAAAGCAGGGCCUGGCUUCACGCCAAUGUCCAAAAUUACAUCCGCACCCUCCUCAACACGCACCACUGCCUACCCUUUUCGUCUUUUUGAAAGGUCAGAAAAAUUGGAGGAUCCCCUACGACUUAAAUCUUUGUCGGUUUGUACCACUGAGAAAUAGUUUCUUACAACAAUGUCAGGAUUCCCGACACGUACAACUCUAUGAUAAAACCAUUUACGAUGUCGGUUUGAACAGCAUUUCCAGACAAAGUGCUUUAGAAGGACAUGGUAAAUUACUGUUCUACAGAAUGUACUGCUUUUCAGACAAAGUAUUCUGUACAUUAAUGCCCCUCUCAAGUGCAAUGAAGCAUUAUGGUAAAUAUUACUGAUUACUGACUGCAUAUCAUCAUAAUGUAAUGUUACCUUAUAAUUACAAUUGCUCUGUUGUAUUGCAUAUUAUUGUUUAAUUUUACACAAAUCAGCAGUAAAAAAUUUAAUAUUCAGUGUU